AUGGCCGACACACGAUACGCCGAUCCAGACCUGCAACUGGACGUUGAUGUCAUGAGCUUUGAAUAUCUGCUGUAUCAGGCGACCAAAGCUCAGUUUCGUUCUCUGAAGCCGUCAGGGACGAAUGGAUCCAGUGGGACCAUACUACGUGACGACACGUUGAUCGAGCCAGAGGAGACGGCGCAGCGUCUCCUUGAGAUAUUUCAAGGUUCGUUACAGCAACUACAGUCAAUGCAUUCGGGCUACGAGCAUGGGCCUGGAACACGGUUCAACAUAAUUCUCCUUGAAACGCUUGUUCUGUUGAGAGCAAUUGGUCAUGAGCUACCCGACGCAGCAGUCAAAAGUCAGGAUGAGUCUAUCAAAAAGCUGAAGCUGAAUGCUCUCGAGGAGGCCAAAGACUACUUGCGUUACCGUAUGUUCACCACCAACUACGACAUGAAGGAUUACAAAGUACUCUGCGGCGGCACAUUCCGUGACGAGCACACCUGGCAGUCUGUGAAGACGAUUGAGGGCUUUCUGUUCUAUGGCUGGGUCCGAGACGAAGCACCACAAAUGCUGUCAUUGCGCGCGAGGACAUUUCCUGUCUUCAGCGUGCUCAACAGAUUCAUGAUCUUAUCUGCGCAGCUCGUUCGCGCACUGGACGAGAAGCACGUCAGCGAACACUGGAUGCGGCCGGCUUGUGAGCUGAUGGUUCAUGCUGCCCUAGAGGCAGUCCAAAAUUCAAGCCUGCCCUCUGAAGUCGCGCCUACCGAAACUAUCGGGGAAGAGUCCCACGGCCCAGUACAGCCCGGGGUUCUGGACUGCUUCGCAUUCCGACAUCUUCCAGACCAUGUUUUCGAUGCAGAUUCAAUCCAGUACAGGACCAGCCCACUCUCUGAGCCUGCAAGCUCCAAUCCCGACGUCUCUGUGCCAUUCGAUGCGGCCAACAAGAGUGAACAACGCGCGUUGAAUGAGAUGUUCGAAGAUCAAACCGAGGAGUGGGACAGAUGGCGCCACGAAUACCUGUCCGAAUUCAUGCUUCCGCCACUCGGGUCUUUACGAAAAGACGAUCCCAAUGGUGCUUCCGUGCUGGCAGCCAGCUACCAAACGCGCCUGCCGCGGCUGAGACAGAAGUAUCCGUGGGCAAAGACCAAGGCUAGCAUAGUUGAGUGCCUCGAGGCCUUGUGGAGCUCCAACGGAGUCGAGAUAAGCGGAAAGCCUGUGCUCGUGCAAAUCGAAGAAGGCGGUUUGGAAGGGCUGCACGACGAACAGUUUCAGAGAUUUCUGGAGAAGGUGGGCUUGAAGAGGAGCGCCGGGGUUGUGGUGGGAUAA